CCUUCAAUCUCCUGGCUAUACACAGGCUUCGAUACCUGCAUUUCCAAUGUCCAUCACCGCCUCUCACCUGCUUCUUCCUCUUACGGUUCCAGAUUCCGGUGACUCAAUCUUUCACUUCCGGCAACCGCCUCCUUUUGACCUUAACUUUAUCUCUCAUUUCCUCUCCCAAUCGUUCAUAUCCGCUCUUUAUGUUCAAUAACCCGAUCUGAAACUUAACGCCGGUGAGAACUCAACAGGCGUGAAGGGUACCAAUGGAAAAACCACGCUCCUCCAGCCACUGUCUUGUCCUCUCUCACUGAACCCUGUUAUGGAUAACACAUUGAAUCACCAACAGAUUCGAUUUUAAACAUCUUUCCCUAAAUUGAUUGGAUUUUGAUUUUGUUUGCCUAAACUACCAGAUCAACAGGCGGUGGAGUUUUCCGGCAAUACUUUCUAUUGAUUUUGCAGGUUUCAGUGAAGAUGACCAUGUGGCAUUGGGUGCAAUGGCGGAGGUUGCAGUGGCGAUGAGUGGAAGAGGAUCACAAAGAUUGGGAAGGUCUGAGGACAUAAAAAGGUUUUUAUCAGAGAAGAAGAGAAAAGAAGCAGGUGGUGGUUUCAUAGGAGAAGAAGGUGGAAUGAGGUAAAGGGGGUGGGGCCUGUAUUGGUUAUUAUUAUUAUUAAUCAACAAGGUUAAAUUAAUCAAAAAAAAUAAAUCAAUAAGGGUAUAAAUGUUAUUUUAGGUAAAUAUAAGGAUCAAUCGUGUAGAUUACCCCGAAUCGUGUAAUUUAGCCUUUGUUAUUUGAAAAGAGACUCUAUAAAGUUGUUAUCGAACUCAGUGUAAAGUGUAAACUCGAACUCAAAUGAUUCUUUCUAAAUAGAAACACAAACACCCCUACGCCACCAUCUGCACCACCCCCAUCCCUUCUUUCUCUCUAUUGCCGGCUUGUUGCAGAAAAUGGAUGGCGUGAUCGAUAUGCAAACAAUUCCCCUGAGAACCGCCAUAGCCAUAGGCGGCACGGCCGUCGCACUUGUGGUUGCUCUUUACUUCUGGUUUCUCAGAAGCUAUACCUCUCCCUCUCAUCACAGCAACCAUCUCCCUCCUGUUCCAGAGGUGCCUGGGGUACCAGUGUUGGGGAAUUUACUGCAGUUGAAGGAGAAGAAACCAUACAUGACUUUUACAAAAUGGGCAGAGAUGUAUGGGCCUAUUUACUCCAUAAGAACUGGAGCCACUUCCAUGGUGGUGGUUAGUUCCAAUGAAAUCGCCAAGGAGGUAGUUGUUACAAGAUUUCCAUCAAUCUCAACUAGAAAGCUAUCAUAUGCAUUAAAAGUCCUGACCGAAGAUAAAUCCAUGGUUGCUAUGAGUGAUUACAAUGACUAUCACAAAACCGUAAAACGUCAUAUACUCACUGCUGUCUUGGGACCAAAUGCCCAGAAGAAAUAUCGUGCUCAUAGAGACACCAUGAUGGAGAAUGUUUCAAAUGAACUACACGCGUUUUUCGAAAAAAAUCCUAAUCAAGAAGUGAACCUCAGGAAAAUAUUCCAAUCUGAACUUUUUGGACUAGCAAUGAAACAAGCAUUGGGAAAGGAUGUUGAAAGCAUAUACGUGAAGGAUCUAGAAACCACCAUGAAAAGAGAGGAAAUCUUUGAGGUAUUAGUGGUUGACCCAAUGAUGGGUGCCAUUGAAGUUGACUGGAGAGAUUUCUUUCCAUAUCUCAAGUGGGUCCCAAAUAAAAGCUUUGAAAACAUAAUCCAUCGAAUGUAUACCCGAAGAGAAGCUGUAAUGAAAGCCCUUAUUCAAGAACAUAAAAAACGUAUCGCAUCAGGCGAGAACUUGAACAGCUACAUUGAUUACUUGCUAUCAGAAGCACAAACAUUAACAGAUAAACAGCUUCUUAUGUCUUUAUGGGAGCCAAUUAUCGAAUCAUCAGACACUACCAUGGUCACCACAGAAUGGGCAAUGUAUGAACUGGCAAAGAAUCCACACAUGCAGGAUCGUCUGUAUGAGGAAAUCCAAAGUGUUUGUGGAUCAAAGAAGAUCACAGAGGAGAAUUUAUCUCAGCUUCCAUACUUAUAUGCUGUUUUUCAAGAGACCUUGAGAAAACAUUGUCCUGUUCCAAUAAUGCCCCUGAGAUACGUUCACGAGAAUACAGUUCUAGGAGGCUACCAUGUCCCAGCUGGAACCGAGGUGGCGAUAAAUAUAUAUGGAUGUAACAUGGAUAAGAAGGUAUGGGAGAAUCCUGAAGAGUGGAAUCCUGAGAGGUUUUUGAAUGAAAAAGAGAGUAUGGAUUUGUAUAAAACAAUGGCAUUUGGGGGAGGAAAAAGAGUGUGUGCAGGUUCUCUUCAAGCCAUGGUGAUUUCUUGCAUUGGAAUUGGAAGAUUGGUGCAGGAUUUUGAGUGGAAACUGAAAGAUGAAGCUGAAGAAGAUGUGAAUACACUUGGGCUUACAACACAAAAGCUUCAUCCACUUCUUGCACUCAUAAACCCUAGAAAAUGAAAAGUUUGUUUUCUUUUGUUUUGUUUUGUUUUGUUAGUUACAAAGAAAUCAAUGUUUUUGCAAUAUUUAUAUGGAUUAAUAGGUAAGUAUGAAAACUUUUGUUGAUGUGAAGCUUUAGAGUGCAAAUGUUGGUAUAAUAUAAGUAAAGUACAAUUACCAAAUGUAUGGGAGACAAAUCAAAUUGUUAUAAAAAAAAAGGCCUUUAUUAUGAAAAA